AGUGCUAGGAGGGUGUGUGCUUUCAGACAUGCGAGGCCUGAAAUGCUGAACUCCUUCAAUAGAGCAUCGAAGAGGAAACUCAUCCCGAAUUCAAGAAUGGCAGAGUACACAUCUCUUCUAUAAAGAGAAGCUGUUCCUGUCAUCCGGCAAAAGUGUGAGUUGAGAAGGAGUGCUGAAAAAUGGAGGACCCCAGUGACGAAGAUUCAUUUGUUGAACUUUACUGUGAGGUAGCAGAAGAGACUCCUCUGACCCCAUGUACUGACAGCAUGGAUGACAGUCAGCAGAGAGAUCCAAAUGUGCCGUGUGCUGUAGAGACAACAGUCUUUCAUGUCCAUGGAGAGAAAGUUUACCAGCAUUCAGAGACCCCUGCUGGGAAAGUGGAGAGCUACAUCAUAGUCAAUUGCACCGAGGGAGAAGAUGAACAAGAAACAAUGGACACAACCACAACACCGCCAGAGGAGCAGAACCCCAUCCAGGUUCCUGCAGAACCCAAGAACGACACUCCAGAGACUGCUGUGACAGCUGAAGUAAAAAAGACACAACUAAAGAGCCUGUUGGAGGAUCUGGGACUGGAACAUCACUUCAAGGAGAAGCUAUCCCUGAGCAAAAUACUCCAGAUCGAUAAGAAGACCAUCACUGAUGAACCCACCAGGCGUAAUUCAGAUCUUCCAUGGUACUUUCUAAAGAAACUGAUGAUGGUUAAUGUGACAGCUAGAAAUGUGAAGUUUACAUCUGAAAGUGAAUCUGCCUGUGAUGCUGAAUCAGAAGGAACAGAUUUUGAUUUUGAAGAUCUUCUUGGUGCUCUGCAGUCAGGUGACAUGCUGAACCCUCUUGACAUAAUCACUGCUCUCUUUCUGUGUUCUGAUGGUUUUGUACAACAAGAAAUGGCCCUCAAAAUGUCCAUGUGUCAGUUUUCUGUGCCUCUGCUGCUUCCUAAUUGUGACACAGAGCAGUGCACACUAACACUUUGGGCCAUGAGAGACAUAGUGAAAAAGUACAGACCUUCAUCACUUUCAGAAUCCAAGGGCUUUAUUGAAGAUAGGAUUGUUGUCUCUAAACUUCCGAUGGUUUCCUUUGUGAGACUGGGUGAGUGCUCUUUGUCUAAGUCAGAAAUCCUCAAUAAACUUCUUAGUAAUUCUCAGCAGUACCAUGAUACAUUCAUACACUGUGACAUGGAAAAUGGUGACUCUCCCAGACGAAUAUCCAAUGGACUGACUGAAGUUACCUGGUAUCUACCCUGUGGAAACAAAAACAUGGAUGUUUUCAGUGAGCCAGUAGCUGUAGCUAACCUUCGUGGAGACAUUGCUUCAUUUGAGACACAGUUUUCUUUUCUGUGUCUGACAUCUGCAGCAGUUUUUGUGUUCUUUGACAAUCUGGACCCUGAGUGCAACCUGCUCACAAACCAAAACCACAAGGCACAGAUCUUCCUGGUGGGAAACCAUCAGAGCCAGCAAUUCAGAAUGGACGCUUUGAAGAAAAUGGCAAACAAGCUGAACCUGACAAAAAACAACAUCCUUCUAAAGACUAAGCAAAUGAAUGAUGCAAACUUUAUCGAAAACCUACGUAAGACAGUCAACAGUGUGGUGGAGAACUCAGAGAAAAAGAUGAACAUUGAACAGAUGGCUGACAUUGCCCAUGAACUGGGAAUCUGGGUUGAUGAAGACUGUCAAGAGUGUCAGAAAGCAAAGGUAAAUGCAGAUGCCAUCACUGCACAAAUUCAAGACAUCCUGAAAUACAAAGAAGAUCAGCUACCAUUGCAGGGAGAAAUAUGGAAGAAACUGACCAGCAAUGAGAAGGAAAUGUUCCGGCUUCGAAAAGUUGGAUCAGAAAACAUAGAAAAGUACAAAAGUGAUCUUCAGAAAGAGCAAGAAAAACUUCGGGCACAACAGAACACUUACGAUAUGUCUAUUGCCAUGACAUGUUUCAUCAAUGCAAUAUCAAGACCAGGUAUUGAGAGAUGUUAUUUCCUGAAAUGGAUGAGGAUGAACCUUGAUAAUCUGUCUCGAGAGAAACUGUCAGGCCUCAGAGAGGCUUACAAAAACAAAAACCAAAGUCCUGAAAACAAAGAUGAAAUCAAAAAAAUUGACCAACAACUCUCCAACAGCUCACUUGGGAUUGAACACUUCUUCCGUGAAAUGGGUCAGAUCUAUGAAGCCUCAGUUUCUCUCCCAGAAACAAACCAGUCACGUCAACAGUUAGCUCAUCUGCCCAGACUGUGUGCAGGGUUGUUGCUUGAUGGAUUUCCUCUUGAGCUUGUAGAUGGUGAUGCUUCAAACAUUCCUCUCAGAUGGGUAACUGAUGUUCUGACUCAGCUCAAUGACUUGGUGUCUCCUCAGAGCAAGAUACUGGUGGUCACAGUUCUUGGAGUUCAGAGUACAGGGAAGUCUACUCUCCUCAACACCAUGUUUGGAGUACAGUUUGCAGUCAGCAGUGGUCGAUGCACCAGAGGUGCCUUCAUGUUGCUCAUCAAAGUCAAUGAAGACAUCAAACAAGAACUCAACUGUGACUUCUUGGUGAUCAUUGACACUGAGGGCUUAAAGUCACCAGAGCUUUCAAAACUAGACAACAGCUAUGAGCAUGACAAUGAGCUGGCAACACUUGUUGUGGGGUUGAGUGACAUCACUAUCAUCAACAAUGCAAUGGAGAAUUCCACAGAAAUGAAGGACAUCCUGCAGAUAGUUGUGCACGCCUUUCUCAGAAUGAAAUCUGUGGGCAAAAAACCCAGAUGUCAGUUUGUUCACCAGAACGUGGCAGAUGUAUCAGCCCCUGAGAAGAACUUACGAGAAAGAGAACUGCUCCUGGAACAGUUAAAUGAGAUGACCCAGGCAGCUGCCAAAAUGGAGAACAAGGAGGAGUACAAGAGCUUCACUGAUGUGAUGGAGUACAGUCCAGACACUGGGAACUGCUACGUCCCAGGACUCUGGAAUGGGAGCCCACCAAUGGCACCAGUUAAUGCAGGGUACAGUGAGGUCACUUAUGAGCUCAAGAAAAACAUCCUUAAAGUCCUGGGAGAUUGUGAGUCUUCUUCCAACAAUCUCCUGGAGUUCACAGAGUGGAUAACAAGCCUGUGGAAUGCUGUCAAACAUGAGAACUUCAUCUUCAGCUUCAGAAACAGCCUGGUGGCUGAUGCAUACAUGAGGCUCUGCACAGAAUUCAAUAAAUGGGAAUGGGAAUUCAAAAAAGACAUGUACACAUGGACAAAAAAGGCAGAAAUCAGGAUUUCUAACUUUGGCAGAGUGAAAUCUGAGGUGUCUGACAUUGGCCAACUGUUCACUGUUUUGAAAAGCGAAGCAUGCACAGUGCUGUCUGAAUGGGAGACAAAGCUUCUUGAAAAUCUGGACAAGUACUUCAAGCAAACUGAGGGUCAUGUAAAAUUUGUUGAAGCAUACAGAGAGGACUUUGCAAACAGUGCAAAGAGCCUUCGUCAAGAAAUGGAAAGCUCUGUAUACAACCAACUCACAGUUGCAGCAGACAUCAGAAAGGGAAUGGAAGAUCUUGACAGAAUCAAGGCGAACCACACAAAAGAAUUAGAAGAGAGAGUGAGAGCAUUGAUUAAAGAAUGCAGAAAGAAAAAAGUGGACAUGACAGAAAGAAAGCUGGAUGAAGAAUUUGACAAGAUGUGGAAUAAAAUGUUGAAGGAACAAGUCCUUUACAAACAAAUGACCAUGGAUGUCAUGGGAAAUGUAGCCUACUACCUAAGAGACAAUCUAAAACACAAGGGGAGUCUUGCAUGUGAAUUGUUAAGUCAAAAAAGGCUGCAGGAUUGUGGACAAAUGCCUUUCAAAUACACAGCUGAUGGACGCAUCAAACAAUUUGUGCACUCAGUCAGCAAAUUUUUCAGCAUUGAAGAUCAUGUAAUGGCACUACGAAGAGUAGCUGAUGGUAUCAUAAGGGAUUGCACACACUUCGUGAACGAAAAAUUGGAAAGAAAGAACAACUACCACAGCACUUUCAUCCAGGAGAUCCUUCACCUGAUCGAUGAGGGACUGAAAAACCACAAGGAUGUGAAGAUAGAGAUAGACUUUGAGGUUUCUCUGAAACAGCACAUCUGUGCAAAUGCAGCCAGAGAGUUUCAGAAAAUGCAUGAAGAUUUCAUUCAAAGGAAUGAUCCCUCCAGAUGUCUCAAUCAAAACAAAGAGAGGAUCCGUGCUAACUUCAAGGAUGAGUUCUAUGAACUAGACCAGUGCCAGAAGAAGGCAGAAGAGUUCACAGAGCACUGCCUGAGACCGGCUGUUGUAGACUUUAUCAACAUUUCAUUGGGUCCUGAUAUCACUGGAGAAAUUAUGACAAAGUUCCAAUUCAGCACACGAAUGUUCUUCCAGUACUCAGUCUUACUGGAUCUGCUUUCAAAGGACAACUUUGCAGACUACCUGAACUACAUCUGCUCAUAUGAGCAGUUUGUAAAGAGAUGGAUCAAGGAUGAAAUGUUAAAGCUCAUGACCAAUGAGAUGUUCUUUGAGUCCGAGGAUCGGCAUCUCAGGUCGAGUAUCAAGAGCAUAAAUGAUGCGAUACGCACAGCUCAAGCAAAAGAAAGUGACAACCUGCAGAACCUAAUUCAGGAUAUCCGUCAGGAACUUGGUGAAAAACUGGUCAUUUCUGAUGAUGCUCUCGGUCCUUUCAUGAUCCUGAACAACGUCAACCAGGAACAGUUUGCUCAGUGGCUCACUGUGUCUGUGAAGGACAUGGAAGAAGAUCUCAGAAAGCAGUUUAAAAAGACUAACAUCAAAACCAAGCUCUCAAAUCUUCAUGAAAAUCCUGAGAAUGAGCUUUUCAAAAGAGUUAUUGGAUGUAGCCGACAGUGUCCAUUCUGCAAAGCACCCUGUGAGGCUGGAGGAACUGAGCAUAAGGAGCACCAAACUUCAAUGCACCGACCACAGGGUCUGGGCAUAUCCUUGUGGAAAGGGUCGGAGAGACUUGUCAUUGACAUUUGCUCUUCCUUGGUUAGCAGUGACAUUUCAUUUCGCUGCAGUGCCACAAAUGGUGAAUGGCAACCUUACAAAGAGUACACAAAGAUUUACCCUGACUGGCGGAUUGCUCCAGAUAACAGCCUUCAGGCUUCAGACUACUGGAAAUAUGUACUGAACAGGUUCAACAGAGAGUUUGCUGAAGCAUACAAUGCAAAGCAGGCUGAUAUUCCAGGUGCUUGGAAAGCUAUCACACCAGAACUUGCUGAGGAGAGUCUGAAAAAGUCAUUCAAUGUCAAAUAAGACACUCAGAACACUUCGCCUCUUACAUUCAGCAUGCAAAGAUGCACUUCUAUGUAAAAGUGACAACAAACAGAUACAUGUUUUUAAUGGAAAGAGAAAGCUAAAAACAAGGCUUACAAUAUGGGGAGAAAUAAUUGCAGUAGUAGAUACUGACAUUUUUCCUGGUUGAUAAGGACUGUUUAGGAGUCCAUGUACAGGAUUUUUUUUGUGACCAUUUUAACUGCAAUAUGGUCGUUGAAAAGAUGAACACACCUAAAGAAUGACAAGUGACCAAAACAAGUUUUCCUAUGACAGUGUUUUUUUGUUUAUUAUUUUAUAAGUAAACCAACAUCUCUUAGUAUUUGUUUGUCAUUACAAAGCAGAAGAUCUUUGAAUAUGACUAAAACUUUAAAAAUACUUUUGUUGCUGUUUGUUAUGUGUUCUGAGUAUAUAAAGCAUAAACUAUCAGACAUGUUGAAACACUCGUCUGUGAUUGCUUACUCAGCAUUAAGAAGCAAGAUCAGUGGUUUACAUUGGUGACUUUGGUACAGGAGUUUUGGGGUUUAAAUUAGACCACGUGGACAAAGUCUUUAACACCAUUAACACCUGUUUAUCUCUCAGAUGUAUGUGGCUUUGUAGAAAAGAAUCUGCUAAGUGACACACUAAAAUAUUUCUUUUACAUUUGGUGAUGUUAACAUUUUUACAUGACAUAAAUUGUAUUAAAUCAGAGCUGGAUCGAAGGAAAUGAUUUUUUGGGUUUACAGUUAAAGGACAAUGUCACCAGAGCUAUCCUUAUUAUUCUUUUUUUCUCAUAAUUUUAACUGUAUUCUUGUUGUUUGUUGAAGAUAUAAAAUGUUUGCAUUUCCAGUUUGAUUAAAUUUGUUCAGCAGUGCUCCAUCAAGUUUUGUCUCACAUAUAUAACCCUAUGAAACCAUUAAAUAAAGAUUAGAAUCAGCACAUUGA